CGAGAACCACCAUCCAUAUGGAAUUAAAACUACGUCUACGGGAAUUCUCACCCGUUCGAAUUCUUGCGUAACAACUCCAAAUAUCUCUCAUUCUUACUCACCACUUACCUCUCCUGCACCACCUUGGAAAAACUCCCCCGCUAGCAAGUUGGAAGGUCGGAGGCAUCGAUACGCCAAGUCGCUGUCCGAAGCUCCGCCUCUCUUGCCAUAUCCUCCUUCCCGAUCCUCCUCUCGAUCGUCUAGGCGGAGCAUGUCAAUGUCUGAGGUCUUGGAUGAUCAAGAUAUCUUCUCAGACAUAGGUCUUAGAGAAAGGUGCUCGUCCUCUCUAGUCAGACCUGAUGACAGCAUCUCCAACAACAACAACAACAACACUCCCACGAAGACCACGGACUUCCACGAAGAGAUCGUCCGAAAGCUUGAGAUUCCCGCCAACCCAAAACACUGGUCUCCAACAAGCCUCUCUUUGUAUCUAGGGCAUGUUUUGUCCAACAAAACUGGAGGGACGUUCCCGGACCCUGUCGUUCGAGAUAUUCAACUAGUCAUAAUUCGUGAGAGAAUGAAUGGAAAGUCUUUCUUGCAUCUAACUGAGGAAGAUCUCGUCAAGCUUGGAAUCAAUCCUAUCUGGCGGCCCAAGUUCUUGUCACAAGCGUAUCGACUGCGUCAGAAGGUUGUGCGCGGUCAGAUUGUUGGCUUCGAUGAGGACGGUUCUCCUAGUGCGAGCCCGCCAUGCACAAAGAGUGAAACAAGCAAGGGUAGCUCGAAGUCUACUCCCAGUCCACGUGGAUCUAAGAUCUACCAGGAACGUCAGCAACAAGUCACAACAGGAACUAAAGAUGAAACUGGUUGGAUCGGUCGUGCUUUAUUGGGUACCCCAAGUCCCACUCGCUCGAGGCUCAGUGGAGAGCCGAAUCCAUCGUAUCGGCUUAAUCAGUCUUUUGGGUCGUCCAGUGUCUCCCGUGUACGCGGCAUGGUCGCUUCGUAUGAACGCAGCCUUGGCUCUGACAGCGCCAGCUCUUGUUCUGACACGGGGGACGAGGCUGACGACGAGUUUUUCGAUAAGGGGAGAGACUUUGGAAGUAGUUUGACCACCUAUCUUGAAAUCUCACCAAAGGGCACUGUGGACGAUGCCACUAGCACAACCCUUGUUGUAUCGACUGGGGUGGAGAACGAUCAGAUGUUAUCAGGUCAUUCACCAGACUCAAUCGUUCAAUCCAACACAAGUAGUAGGUCUGGAUAUAUCACCCCUGAUUCCGCCUCUUUAUCCACGAGCUUUCCGGAGCAUCACGAUCGACCCUCGUCUCCACUUCAACAUCUCGGUGAAGAUAAAUCUGGUCAUUUGGAGCGCUCGCUUCCGUCCCCCACCACGAGCUCGGCAUCGUCUUCUGCAGCCCCCGGUGUACCGGAGCCGACCAUGGAGACGCCGCCGUUCAUCACUGGCUCGAGAGCACCCUGGCUCGCCAAACGGCCCACAAAAUCUCGGCUUCAGUUCACAUCCCCUCUAGGAUUUCAGGCAAGAAUCGGCAUCUCAAGACACCCUCGACCCCGCUCGAAAAUCUGUUUGACUCAAUUGUGUUGGAGUCGACUUCUGAAAAAGUUCAGACUCUUGAUGUUAAAGCCCCUGUCACAUAUGACAGUAAGGCUGUUGAAACUGUCCCAUUGGAGCCCGUUCCUUCUCUGGAGAAGCCUUCACCGACUGAGGAGCUGCGAAAGCCCCAUUGCGGAUGCAGAGAAUCAAACCGUCAAUCCAUAUCGUUUUGCUGACAAAGGCACUCAAUGUGAAGCUCAAAGGCGCCCUAAACCACCCAAGGCGCAGUCGCCAACAAUUCCUCAUUCGUCGGACGAAUUGCCGUCGAAUUUUUCACAGUACGUUUUAGCUGCGAGCCUCGGGAUUGUAGUAGUCAUUGCACAAACGAUAUUCAAACGCUUAAUGGUGAAACGUUCUUAAACCUAUCACUUCAGUCCACGGCUGUUUGGAUGUUCUUUUCUAUAUCUUGCUCGCUUAUCUGUCUUCAAGCAUUUAUGUUGUACAAGACGGUGUUCAUGAUAUUACGUCGCAUUUACGACCCUUAACCCGCACUGCGUUCCAGUAUAGUAUGAAACUAAAAUUAACUGACUUCAAUGGAAUUCAGACCCGGAGU